AUGGGUCUUAGACCUGAUAGCUUCCUUCUUGUUGCAGCUUUAUCCUCUUGUGGGAAUUGCAAGGAUUUGGAUAGAGGGAGGCUUGUUCAUGGAAUGGUGUUGAGGAAUUGUUUGGAUGAAAACCCAGUUGUUGCUAAUGCUCUGAUUGACAUGUAUUGUAGAAAUGGCAUGAUGGGAAUGGCUUCAUUGGUUUUUGAGAAGAUGGGGUUCAAGGAUGUGCUUUCUUGGACUUGUUUGUUUAAUGGGUAUAUAAUGUGUAAAAAUUUGAAUUGUGCUCGUCAAGUGUUUGAUGCCAUGCCUGAAAGAAAUGUGGUUUCUUGGACGGCUAUGAUUGCUGGGUGUGUCAAGGCAGGAGCUCCAAUUCAGGCUUUGGAGCUGCUUAAGCAGAUGGAAGGUGAUGAUGGGGGAGUUCGUCUUUGUGCAGAUUUGAUCGUGGCGGUGCUAUCUGCAUGUGCUGAUGUUGGUGCUCUUGAUUUUGGUCGGUGCAUACAUGGUCGUGUUAAGAAAACGAGCCUGGAGAUGGAUGUCGCGGUGAACAAUGCUAUGAUGGAUAUGUACUCCAAAAGUGGGAGGCUUGAAUUGGCUGUGAGGAUAUUUGAUGAAAUGUUGAACAAGGAUGUGUUUUCAUGGACUACAAUGAUAUCAGGGUAUGCUUGUCAUGGGGAAGGAAACCUUGCUUUGGAGGGGUUUUCUUGCAUGCUGGAAUCAGGGGUUAUCCCAAAUGAGGUAACCUUGUUGUCAGUUUUAUGUGCUUGUCGCCAUGCUGGGUUAGUUGUGGAAGGAAAAGCGUUGUUCAAUAGAAUGAUUCAGUGCCAUUAUUUGAAACCUAAGAUUGAGCAUUAUGGAUGCAUAGUGGAUCUUCUUGGUAGAGCAGGAUUGCUGAAAGAUGCAAAAGAAGUGAUUCAGAUGAUGCCAAUUAGCCCUGAUGCUACUAUAUGGAGAUCAUUACUUACCGCUUGCCUAGUCCAUGGGAAUUUAAGCAUGGCUCAAAUAGCAGGAAAGAAGGUAAUUGAACUUGAACCAAAUGAUGAUGGCGUUUAUAUGCUUCUUUGGAAUAUGUAUUGCGUUGCUAAUAUGUGGAAGGAAGCUUUAGAUAUAAGGAAGUUGAUGAGGGAAAGGAGGGUCAGAAAAAGGCCAGGGUUUAGUUGGGUUAAUGUGAAUGGUGUUGUUCAAGAAUUCCUUGCUGAAGAUACAUUUCUUCAUGUUAGUGCAGAGCUUUGCCACUUGCUAAAAGGAAUCAAGGAGCACUCAGAAAUAUGUCAAUUUUAA